GGAACCAUGCAGGAUGCUGACAUCUCCGGUGAGAGUUAGCGGGAAGAGAUGGACAGUUUUCAGGAGGAGGGGAACAUCACCACCCCGACGACUGACUACGACCUGAUAGAGGCGCUAUGGAAUUCCAUCUACCCAAAACACUACGAGUGGGCCCUCAUCGUGGGCUACAUUCUGGUCUUCAUCUUCGCCAUUCUGGGCAACGGCUUGGUGUGUGUGGUUGUGGCCAGGAACAGCCACAUGCGGACGGUGACGAACUAUUUCAUCGUGAACCUGUCGGCAGGGGACCUGCUGGUCACCAUCAUCUGUCUGCCGCCCACCCUGGUGGUGGACAUCAUGGAGACAUGGUUCUUCGGAGAGACCAUGUGCAAGGUUUUCUCGUACAUGCAGUCUGUCCAAGAGGGAGAGAGGCAUUAA